CCCGAGCAACCAGCCUAACAAAAAACUUUCUGUCUUAGAAGAAACAAGACGCAGUUAGGACAGAUCGGGAUUGUUUUUUGAAGGUACCGUUAAGAAAAUUUGAGGUGUCAUGCUUCCAGUUUGGUGUUGUCUAUUGGUGAUGGUAGUAGCCGCACAUGCGGCUGCACCCGCCUCAUCCUCUUCCUCGUCAUCGUCUUCCUCUUCAAGUACAAAGAGAGAAGAUCCAUCCAAUCCUACUGGAAGCGCUAGUGCUGGCCAACCAGUAUAUUCACCAUCUGCUUCUUCAGGCAGCUACAGCAGCUCAGCUUUUGAUGGCUCUGAUUCAAACGGUGCCUAUAAAGCCCAACAACAAUCCCAAGGCAAUCUUUACUACUACUAUUACCCAGUACAAGAAAAGGGACAAGAUAAUGCUUAUGCAAGUUCAUCCACUCACAAUUACGCCACAGCGCCAGCCAAUGGAGGUAAUCCUUAUGAAGGACAAGAUUCUUCCCAGACCAGCUACCAUACAUCAGGGGCUAGUGAUGCUUACUCUUCUCAAGAUGCCGCAUAUGCCAACGCUUUAAAUCAACUCAACCAGUAUGGACUCGGAAAUGGCUAUUCUUUGGGAACAGGUGGUAUGAGCGCAUCAGGUUUAUCUGCAGCAGCUAAUGCAUUUGCAAACUACGGAGGAUCUCCAACUGGCUAUGCAGCUACUGGAAUGGCAGGAAAUGGUUAUGGAAAUUACCCAGCAGGAAGUGCUGCAGUAGCAAAUUAUGCCCCUCAAGGUUCAACUCUUGCCCAAUAUGCUGCCCAGUUAACUGGCUAUGGUAAUCAACAAUAUGCUGGACAAGGAGCAAUGGCAAAUUCAGGAUAUGGAGUUCAAGGAUAUGGCACCCCUAGCAGAAGAUAUGGUCUUGGAAGUCUGAUCAUGCCCAUGUUGGCUUUGGCAGGUUUAACCAUGUUAGUCCCCACCAUCACUAGCAACUUGGGAAGCAGAAACAAGAGAUCUACUGAUGCACAAAGCCACCCAUUGAGCAUGCUCAGCGAGUACAAAGAUAGGCUUGAAAGAUAUUAUUCCUUAUACAGAACCGCUGUUGAAAAAGAAGAAUGCAUGAAUAGGAUCAUCUGUGAAUUUGGCAGCGCUGUCAGUGAUGUUAAAGGAAAAGGAGCAGUAGUUCUAGUUCUUGAGAAAUUGGUUCCAAAGCAUAUGCGACCCAAAAUGAAUGUUUUUAAGGCCGGUGCCCUUUCACCUGAAAUAGGGAAGUGCAAGAAAAUGUUUAAGUGCUGAACACGAAGGGUUUCGCUCGAAGAUUCAAAUAAUAACGAAAUUUAAAAUGAACAUAUCUUAAGUCACCAGCUUCGGCCAAGAGGACGGAGUCACUUUCAUCGGUUCCUAACUGAGCUGUAAUAAGGAAACGUUCAAUAUUGUGUUUUGUUACAUUUUCAACAAAAAUUCAUCUUUUUACAUAUAUGAAUGACACUUAGCCGGAAGAAUAUACAUUUAACACUCAAGUAUCAAACAUGAACUCGAAUGGGACUUGUUAUACUCUUCCGGCAUCUUUUUUCCCAGUGAUUAGUUGUUUACAUGCUCGAAUGCUUAGAGAUUUUAUUGGGAACACCUCUUCUUGGCCUUAAUAGUAUAUAUUUAAAUACUAUUUUUUUUAUUCAGUGCAAAGGCUGCCAGGGAAGUUAUGAUUCAAAAAUCAAAGAAAAAUAAAGAAGUAUUUGAUUUUUGAAAUCAUAAUCUCUUUGUAGAGUGAUUGUAUGUAUUUGUUCAUAAUUAGAAUAAUUUGUGUUUUUAUUGUCUUUAGAUUAAACUAGUAUUCAUAUAAAAUAUACAAAGAAAUGAUGAUUUUUGAAUGGUGAAAUUUAUACAUGCCUAGUUGUAGAUAAAUUGCUCAACAGGCAUUGUAAAUGUAUUGUAAAGCUUUUUUAAUGUUAUUAUAUAUAUAUAUUAUAUAAACAUGCAAGGCAUAGAUAGCUUACUAUGCAUAUAUUUUUUUUUUUUUUUUACGAUUUUAUCAUGUAUUCUACAAGUUCGGUCUAAAGGGUAUUAGCAUAUUUGUAUUGAAUAGGUGUCUUUUAAACUAAUAUAUUUCAUAGUCUUUUUGUUAAGUUCUUUAGCUCAAGUUUAAAUGUAAAAAAACAAUUUUCAAUGAUAAAAGAUGAUUAAAUUUUUGACAAAUAUUAUAUUGACAAAAAAUAAUAAAUAUAUAUUUAAAGAAACGAAUAUGUUUCAAAAAAAUGGUAAGAAAUACUAUCUACCAUCUCUUAAAAUUUCAAUUUUGCAUAAUAAUUCGAAGAGGUUUUCUACUUUGCAUCUUUUCAUUACCGCAGUACUUCCACUUUUAGAAUGCAGUACUUAAAAUAGGAAUCUGAUGUCUGGUACAUCAGUUGGAAUUCUCAAAUCCAUGCUAAUGAGUAUACUUUUUACGUUUCAUUAGUUACAACUAAUAUUUUGUUUUCAGUAGUACUUUCGUUUGUCGGUUGAAGGAAGAGCUUUGACGUAUUUCUGCUAACUAAACAAUGCAUUAUUCCAUAUUUCUUUCUGGUCCACGAAAGGUCACAAGUACUGCGUUGUAUCUAUUUAUUCUACUCUCAUUUCAUUACUACUGUGUACAUGCUGUUUGUUUGUUUUGUUCAUAAAAAAAUAAAUACGUCCAGACAAUUUA